UAAAAAGUGAAAGGAGUAGAAAUGAAAAGCGAAAGGAAAGGAAGCCCCCGUCCCAUAAAGCUGGUGUUUUAUUUGAAUAAGUAACCUACAUUCUACAUUUGGUCAAGAUGAGCAGCAACAUGACAACUGAACGGGAGAAGUGUUACGACCCUCAAGACAAAACACUUACAUUUAUCAAUGGAGAGGAUGAUUUAGACUUUCUGUGUAUUGGCUACAAGUCUCUGAGAGCAAAGAUGUCCUGUGGUCAUGCUGUCACUCCGAUGUCUCUCACCGACUGGUGUCGCAGGUUGUUGGACAAGGGUGAGUGCAGAUUUGUGUGUGGACAGACUGGCUGUGACGUUGAGUGGCCCUUCGAGGAGGUUUGUAAAAUGGCUCUUCUAACCCCCAAAGAAGUGAAGUACUUUGAAAAACAAUUGUUCAGCAGAGCUGCCAGGGAUUACUUGGAUGCCAAAUUUUGUCCUGGCUGCAGGUCCUAUGUGGUGAGGACUGACCAGAAUAAUCUGAGGGUCUGCUGCACAGUGUGCACAGCUGCAAAAAAUGAGGCCUUUUCAUUCUGCUGGCAGUGCUUGAAGGAGUGGAAACAUCCAUCUCCAUAUUCAGACCGCUGUGCAAAUGCUGGUUGCGUCAAUAAGUCACAAGAAAUAUUGAGAACCUGCCCAGAUAUUACCUUCAAGGAUGUGAGGGGGGUCACUGGCUGUCCAUCUGUCCGUGCCUGUCCCACCUGCGGAUUGCUGCUGGAGCAUAACAAAACAAAAUGUAAAAACAUCACAUGUCCCCGUUGUAAGGUGGAGUUCUGUUUUGUGUGCCUGAAGACCACUAAAGAGUGCCUGAGGCUGAACUCAUACUCAUAUUUUACACGUUGCUUCAGUGGUGUAGCCCCCAGACAGACCUCAAUACCUGUAUGGAAGAGGAAAUAGGCUGCAUGUGCAACUGUAUUUAUUUAACACCAUGAUUAAUAAAGAUACAGACCCAGGGGAGGGCACUGUUUGUGGAGACAAUAUAUCAGCUUUUAGUUUAAUCAAAGGUAGCCUUUACAACCAGGUUAGGCCAUAUUUUAUUCCUAUUGUUUUAAAUGCAUGUCCUAUGAAAUAAACGCAUCUUUUAAAAAUG